AUGCCUCUCCUUCAACCAUUGACCCGACCCAAGUCACCCAACAGCUCUCUGCUGUCCGCGAAGAGCUAUGACCCCGAUGCUUCCUCGAUUCGGAGCGACCAGGAGAGCGACUCCGAAGAUGACGAACGUCAAGCAAGAGCUCGCAACAGCCGCGAGCUGCGCGCACAUGAUCGCAUAGUACUACUGGAGGAGGAGGAGAUGGACCAGCUGGUCAUCGAGGCACGCCGACGCCAGGAGCGCCAGCGCGAACGCAGCGGGUCCGGCCAGCGCAGAGGCUCAAAUCUGUCGUUGCCGUUGCCAAUGCGCCUGUUCUCGAAGACGAUGAGCGAGAAGAGUCGAUCCAUCAGUCCAGCCGAUAGAGCAGUCAUCGAAGAAGAGUCGAUCGAGGAUCUAAGAGGCGAGGCGAGGAAACAAAGACGCCAAAGGAGGAGGCAGAAGAAAGAGAGACUGCUGGAGAAGGCAAUGGAGGGUGAGGAUGGCGAAUUGAUGCAUGAGAUGGAGGAGGGUCAUAUGAAGGAGACCAGCUCGACAGGAAGUAGUGACCGCGAGGACAGCGACGAGAUCGACCGCCGGGGCCUUCUACACUUGGCGGACGCCAAAUCACAGCGGAAGAGGAACCGCCGCCGAUGGACAGUGGUAUACGCUUUGAUCGCAGUCGCUUUUGCAGUAUUGUCCAUCGUUGCGUGGAGGCUGUCCAUCAAGGCCCCAGUUGUAUUCAAGCCACAGGCCCUCGUCAGUAACGGUACCGCCCUGUUCGCGCCGACUACGAUCAUCGUCAGCUUGGACGGUUUCAGAGCAGAUUUUCUCCAACGGAAUCUUACGCCCCGGCUCAACGCAUUCGUUCAAGAGGGCGUGUCGCCACUUUACAUGAACCCGUCCUUCCCAAGCGUUACUUUCCCCAAUCACUUUACCUUGGCUACUGGACUCUAUCCUGAAUCGCACGGUGUGGUUGGCAACAGCUUCUGGGACCCCAAUCUGCGGGAGGAAUUCUUCUACACAAAUACCGAUGUUUCGAUGCAGCCGAAAUGGUGGAAUGGCGAACCCUUUUGGGUUACCGCGGAGAAACAGGGCGUGCGCAGUGCCAUCCAUAUGUGGCCGGGCAGUGAGGCUCACCUUGGUGACGUCGAGCCCGCUUUCAUUGAUAAGUACAACGGCAAGGAGACAUUGCCCAACAAGGUCUCCAGAAUCUUUGAGUUCCUCGAUCGGCCCGGAAUGGAGAACCCAGAUGUGGACCCAGCCGACUUGCGGCCGCAGCUUAUUGCAGCGUAUGUUCCUGAUGUUGACGGUGACGGCCACAGGUUCGGGCCCAACAGCACAGAGAUCCGCUCCACUAUUCAGCGUGCCGACACCAUGAUGGACGGCAUCUUUUUGGGUCUUGAGGCAAGGAAUUUGACCCACAUCGUCAAUGUCAUUGUUGUGUCCGAUCACGGCAUGGCCACCACGGACGUCUCCAGGAUGAUUCAGAUGGACGAUCUCGUUGACCUCAGCAAGGUUGACUACAUCGAUGGUUGGCCACUUGUUGGCUUGCGACCGAAGAGCUCGGUCGAUUUGCAAGAAAUGUACGAUGCUUUGGCGGAGAAGGCCAAAACGAACCCGAAUUUCGAUGUUUACCUGCGCGACGUCAACAUGCCUGAGCGGUAUCAUUUCUCCCAAAAUGACCGCAUUGCGCCGCUUUGGAUUAUUCCCAAGACCGGGUGGGCAAUCGUGACAAAAGACGAAUUCAACAUAGAGGAGGCGAAGGCAAAUAAUCUCGUGUACAACCCUAAAGGAUUGCACGGCUACGAUCAUGAGCAUCCCCUGAUGCGGGCGAUUUUCAUUGCACGAGGGCCUGCAUUCCCUCACACGCCUGGCAGCAAACUUGAACCCUUCCAGAAUAUCGAAGUGUACAAUAUACUCUGCGACUCCCUGGGCCUCGAGCCCUCACCCAAUAACGGCACUCUACGCCUACCUCUCAAGCCUGUCGGCAUACAUGACGACGUGCCGGCGAUCGAGGUUCCAUCUGACCCCGUCACGAGCUAUACCGCUGUACCAACAACCACUCCGACACCGCCAGCCUCGACAUCGUCAAAGGCUCUAGGCGUUGACCCUGUUGUGACUGGUGAGGUGUCUUCGCCAGUUGGGGUCGACGUCCCGGAGGAGUCCGUCGAUGAAGACAAGGACCUGGCAGAGUCUAUCGGCGACUCGGCGAAGAACUUCUGGGGUUGGGCUAGCGACGAGUUUGGCAAAGCUUGGAAAUGGACAACCGGAAAGGCCGGGGAGGCCUGGGAGAAGAUCAAUGGGGCAGGAAGCGAAGAGACCGAAGGUGUCUGA